AUUUUUUUUUAUUUGAUUAAUAAAAAAAAUAAAAUGCCUUCAAUGGCGGAGGAAGAAUUGUUCCUGCCAUCAACGCCGGGAAAAUUCAAGGACAAAUCGAAGACAAUGCACCGGCAAUUCCACCGGUGCUUCGCCUCCACGAGCACGAUGUUCCUGUGGGCGUUGUUCCUGGUGGCGCUCACGGCGGCGUACCUCAGCUUCCAGUCGUUCGUCGAUUCCGGCAGCAAGUACCUCUCCACCGCGUGGGGCGGGAUCCACUGGGAGAAGCAGGUCCGCGCCUCCGCCCAGAUCCACCGCCACAACGGCUUCUCCGUCCUCGUCACCGGCGCCGCCGGAUUCGUCGGCAGCCACGUGUCCCUCGCCCUUAAAAAGCGCGGCGACGGCGUCGUCGGCCUGGACAACUUCAACGACUACUACGAUCCUUCCCUGAAGAUGGCGCGUAAGAAGCUCCUCGAUUCGCAGAAUAUAUUCAUCGCGCAGGGUGACGUCAACGACGCGCGCAUGUUAGCAAAGCUCUUCGAGAUUGCGGAGUUCACGCACGUGAUGCACCUCGCGGCGCAGGCCGGCGUACGUUACGCGAUGGAGAAUCCCCACUCGUACGUGCACAGCAACAUAGCGGGUCUGGUCACCCUCCUCGAAGCGUGCAAAACCGCCGACCCGCAACCCGCUAUCGUAUGGGCCAGCUCCAGCUCGGUUUACGGGUUGAACGAGAAGGCCCCGUUUUCCGAGUCGGAUCGGACCGACCGACCCGCUUCGCUGUACGCCGCAACGAAAAAAGCCGGGGAGGAAAUAACCCACACUUACAAUCACAUCUACGGGCUCUCGAUAACCGGGCUGCGAUUCUUCACGGUUUACGGGCCGUGGGGAAGGCCCGACAUGGCGUACUUCUCCUUCACAAAGAACAUCUUGCAAGGGAAACCGAUCACUAUCUACCGGGGCAAGAAUCGGGUCGAGUUGGCCCGUGAUUUCACAUACAUCGACGACAUUGUAAAGGGUUGCGUGGCGUCACUGGACACAGCGAAGAGGAGCACCGGGUCGGGUGGGAAGAAACGGGGCCCGGCUCAGUUCCGGAUCUUCAACCUGGGCAACACCUCACCGGUGACGGUGCCGAUGAUGGUCGGGAUAUUGGAGAAGCAACUGAAAACGAAGGCGCAUAAGAAUGUUGUCGAAAUGCCAGGAAACGGUGACGUUCCGUUUACACAUGCGAAUAUAAGCUCGGCCCGAAUUGAAUUAGGGUACAAGCCCACAACCGAUUUACAAACCGGGUUGAAAAAGUUUGUUAGAUGGUAUUUAUCUUAUUACGGCGAUAAUCAUUAAUCACGGUGAAUCUGUAGAGUAAUUUAAUUUAAUUUUUUUUUUUUUC